CUUUUUAAAUGUCGUCAUGUCCGGCGGCAUUACGCGCUCUGAGACAGAGGCAGUCAUGGCAGACGAGAAGCCGAAGGAGGGUGUGAAAACGGAGAACGACCACAUAAACCUGAAAGUAGCUGGGCAGGACGGCUCAGUGGUUCAGUUCAAAAUCAAGAGGCACACACCCCUCAGCAAACUAAUGAAAGCAUAUUGUGAGAGACAGGGGCUAUCAAUGCGGCAGAUUCGGUUCCGGUUUGAUGGGCAGCCAAUUAAUGAGACCGACACUCCAUCUCAAUUGGAAAUGGAGGAUGAGGAUACCAUUGAUGUAUUUCAGCAACAGACAGGGGGCCUGAUGUAAAUAACAACUACCUCUCCCCAACAUCAUCACAGUCCUCCCUGUUUCCUGUUUCCUUUUUUUUUGUUUGUUUUUUUUAAGUGUAAUCUGACCGCUCUCCUCAUUACCAGAAGCUUGUCUACAAUGGCCGUCAGCUCUCGCCAAUCAGAAGAAUGGUGUUGUAAACUUAUUGAUGCAUUUCAUCAGAUGUGGACCUAAGAGAGUCAAGACUAAAAUGCUUUUAUCAGAUCAGAUUUUUUUUUUUUUUUGGUAGAUAGAAUUUUGGUCCGUGUCAGUGCUAAAGUUCUGUUUUGUUUGCUCCGAGCCAUUGGGCUUUUUAUAUAUAUUUUAUAUGUCGACGUAUUUCUCUUUUGUACUGUUUUAUUCAGUAACUUGUGUUGUGAAUUGAAAUGUUGAUACGAUUUUGUGUUGGAAUAAAAUGUUUUACAAAA